AUUCAGAUGGAGUCCGAAAAAAAAAGGGGGGCGGAAUGAAUCGCAAAUGAUGUAAACAAAAUGAGAGGGUCAUUUAGCAAUUUCAGAAAAAUAUUGAAUUGCAAGUGUUUUUUCUUUUUCUUUUUCUUUUUUCUUUUUCUGGAAAAACACCAAAAACUCAAAUAACCAGAAGACAUUAUUCUCGUUAUUCUCCGGUUCCUCGCAGGUAUCAUUUCCAUUUAUCUGCGUGUAAAUACUCCAACUUGUCCUAAUUCGAACCUUCGCCUCGCGAAUCUGCGAUGCGUUACACUUUUGUCCACCGAUUCUUCUUUAAUUUCCAUCCCUUUUUCUCCCAAUUCAACUAAUUUUGUGCUAUAUAUAUUCCCAGACGCUUGCUCCGCUCUUUUGGGACUCUCGCUCUAUCUCAGUUCAGAACACGCUCUCUUUUUCGGUGGUUCAUACCAGAUAAAUAACAUGAAAUAGUGGUUGCUGGUCUUUCUGGAGUUGUUCUCUUUUCAAACGUUCAAUGUUUAGGAGAUGAGGUUGAAAUUAAUUGGGAAUAGAGGUCAGCAGAAGUCAGAUUUUUCUUGUUUGUGGGUGGACAUGCAGAAGAAGGCUGCACUCAACUUCCGUGCUUUCCACUAUAACUAAAGCAAAGAUUGUACCGUCCUAAAAGCUUGUGGACUUAUUUUAAUGGGUGCUCCUAAGCAGAAAUGGACUGCAGAAGAAGAAGCAGCAUUGAAAGCUGGAGUAGUCAAGCAUGGGGCUGGAAAAUGGCGCACCAUACUUACAGACCCAGAGUUCAGUUCCAUUUUGCGCAUGCGUUCAAAUGUAGAUCUCAAGGACAAAUGGAGGAACAUAAAUGUGACAGCAAUAUGGGGAUCUAGGCAGAAGGCAAAGCUUGCUCUUAAAAAGAACCUACCAUCCCCCAAAAUUGACAAUAACCACAUGGCAUUGAGAAAUGUAGUUCAACGUGACAAAGAAGUUGCAGAUCUCAAGCCUCUGGGAGUUUCUGGUGGAACAUCUCCUAAUUCAAAGGAAAAAAUAUCAAGGUUGGAUAAUCUUAUAUUAGAGUCCAUUAUCAAAUUGAAGGAGUCAAAGGGUUCUGACAGGGCAGCUAUUGCUGCAUAUAUAGAGGAUCAAUACUGUUCUACACCAACUCUCAGAAAGUUAUUGUCAACAAAACUGAAGCAUAUGGUGGCAAGUGGAAAAUUAAUGAAGGUAAAGCAUAAGUACAGGAUUGCAACAAAUUUAUCAAUAUCUGAGAAAAGAUGCUCUUCCUUGUUACUCUUGGAAGGGAGGCCCAAAGAUUCUCCAAAAGCAGAGAAGACUGAUGUCAACAUCCUUUCAAAAUCUGAAAUUGAUGCAGAGUUAUCAAAAAUAAAGGGUGUGACACCUCAGGAGGCAGCAGCAGCAGCUGCAAAAGCUGUUGCAGAGGCAGAAGCUGCCAUUGCCGAGGCUGAGGCAGCAGCUAGGGAGGCAGAUGCCGCAGAAGCCGAGGCUGAGGCUGCAAGAGUGUUCGCAAAAGCAGCAAUAAAGGCACUAAAAUGCAAGACACUUCAUAUUUGAUGGUGUCAGCUUCUGCAUUGUUGACAUGAGCAGUAUAUCAGCUUGAGAUCGUAAUUCUACUGCUAGACUUCCUGCCUGUAUUCAAUUAUUGUACAUAUUUUAGGUUUGUAAAUUUGGAGUAUGCGGGAUUGAUCCAUAAAACAUUUUGUCAAGAGUCAUUAAGAGCGUAUUAUUUAUUAUUUUUUACCUUAUUUUUAAAGAAAGACAAUGAGGCGAGAGUACAAAGUAUUAGUGGAAGAGUGGAAGUAGUGAUCGAAUUUUAUGAUGGAACGUGUGAUAGACAUCCCUAAUAGUAAAUGGAAGAACACAUUUUUUAUUACA